UGCUACUAAGCAGCAAGUUGUUUGAUUCUUGCGCUCUGAUUUUAGGUUUUGCUCAGUGUUUAAAUGUAUAUCCACAACCAGACUUGGACCACUAGUAUAAAAUAAGGGAGAAAAGACAAGCAGAUGUGUGGAAACGUCAGAUUUGGAAAAGCACUGUAGACGUGUCAGAUGUCUCAACAUCAACACGGGAGACUGGAGAGAGGGAGGGAGAGCAAACCUUUAAAUAAAAAGAAAAGUGAACAGGGUGCUAUUGCCAGCCCCUGGGUGAAACAAAGGCUACAACAGUUUAUUCUAAAUAGACAAGACCAGGUUGCAGCUCCAGAUAUUGUCCUGUCUGCAUUUCCCAGGAAACCAAAACUGGAUUUGAAUCAAUCCGAGUCUCUAUCCAACACAUAUUAUUCUGAUUGUUUUGGGGAGGACAAUCCAUUAAGAAGAACAGUCUCUGAGCCAAUUCUGAAAGUGAGACGAAAGAGGAGUUUAACCGGCAGACAGAAUCCACUGCAGCGUAAGACCAGUGCGCCCCCUGCUGUCAGAGCACCUGACACCAUGGGUGUAGCACCCAGUUCUUCUUCAGUACCUAAGAGGAGUUUGGCAGCAGAUAAAGAAACACAGAACUAUGGCCCGCCACAGUCACAUGAGGCAGAACCUCCGCCGCACAUUGCCCUUCAGAACCCCAUCUUCUUGUCUGUCAUGCCGCAGAGUUGGCCUGCCCCUCAGAUGCAGCUGUCACCAGUGCCUCCAAAUUGUCUUACAGUUACUGAGCCUCCAGGGAUGUCUCAUAGGACAUUGUAUAAAACCAAGUCGGCGCCUUCUUACAUCUCAUACACAUACACAGAGACUAUUGCAGUUACUCACCCCAUAUAUGACCAGCACCACACCUUUUGUCUACAGGACAGAGUCCAGCACCACACUGUUCCUCAUAAGGUACCAUUUCACAAAAUGUGGCACAGUUGUUCAGAAGAGCUUUAUGACAAAGAGAGACCGCUGGGCAGUGAGAGUUACAGAGAGAGAGCAAAAGAUGGAGGACACAAUCAGUUUGAAUCAACUGAUAAAAGUUACUACAAUCAGAUGAGACCUGAAGCUGAAGAAUAUAAUCACCGACCAAUCAGAUGGCCUCACCGGCACCUUAACAAAUCUUUGCCCCCACGCUUAAGAUGUCCAACAACUGUCUCAAACCUAUCCCAGAGUAUCAUGAACAAACCAAACUACACCACAGGCUUGGUGUAUGACUCUCAGAUACUGAAACACGAGUGUGACUGUGGGGAUAAUAGCAAGCACCCUGAGCACGCUGGCAGAAUUAAGAGUAUCUGGUCAAGACUGCAUGAGUGUGGCCUUCAGAAACAAUGUGAGUUGGUUAGGGGCAGGAUGGCCACUUUUGAGGAACUACAGUCAGUCCAUUCAAAGGAUCAUGUUAUUCUUUUCACGGAGCACUCAGACCACAUCGAGAUGUUUCAGACACAACCGUGUGGAGGAAAGGGGAGGCAUCAUGAUAUGGUAUGGAACAGCUUGUCCAGUUCAGCAGCACUUAAAAUGGCAGUCGGCAGUGUGAUCGAGCUGGCCUUGCGUGUGGCUCUCGGAGAGCUGAGGAAUGGGUUUGCUCUGGUCAGACCUCCAGGACUCCAUGCAGCACAAUCUCAGACAGGAGGCUUCAGUAUUUUUAACUCUGUUGCUAUUGCCGCUAAACAACUUCAGCACAGAUUAAAUAUGAAAAAGAUUCUUAUAGUGGAUUGGGAUAUUCAUCAUGGUUGUGGAACUGAGGCAAUAUUUUACACAGAUCCUAGUGUGCUCUAUAUUUCUCUGCAUCGCUACGACUACGGUACUUUCUUCCCAGGUACUGGAGGACCUAAACUGGCAGGAGAUGGGGAAGGGAAAGGCUAUAAUGUAAAUGUGGCUUGGUCUGGAGGGCUAGAUCCUCCAAUGGGAGAUGCAGAAUAUUUAGCUGCAUUCAGAACAAUAGUUAUGCCAAUUGCUCGUGAAUUUUCUCCUAAUGUGGUCCUGGUUUCAGCUGGUUUUGAUGCUGCUGACGGUCAUUCACCUGCUCUAGGCGGAUACAAAGUGUCAGCUAAAUGUUUUGGAUUCCUGACCAGAAAGUUAAUGGAGCUGGCUGAAGGUCGUGUUGUAUUGGUCUUAGAGGGAGGUUUUGACCUCACAACUCUCUGUGAUGCGUCACAGGCCUGUGUCGGUGCUCUUUUGGGAAAUGAGCCUGAGCCUUUAGCUGAGGAAGAGUUAUUGAGAAGGCCCUGUGAUAAUGCAGUCAGGUCUCUGGAGGAGUUACUGCGUGUACAGAGCCAGUACUGGGGUUCAGUAAGAUCUGUGUUAGAGUCUGUUGCCCUGCCGUAUGUUAAAGCAGAGCGGAGAUACUCGGCAGACAGUGAUGCCGCUUCUGCUAUGGGUGGCCUCACUAUGACUGUUCCAAGCAGAAGAUGUUACCCAAAUGAGCCAAUGGAACACGAUGAAGCUGAUUCAAUGACUGAGGUGGUUGAUUGCAGUGUUGUGGGAGACCGAAGACAAUCCUAAGAAACUGUAACCAAAUAAUAAGCUUUCCCUGAGAAGCUUCACUGAGCAACAAGAGUUUUUAUUUCACUGUCAUGUCACAUACUGUAAAAUCUAAUAUAGUGAGAAAUUGAGAAUGCUGAGUCAUUUUAAUCUAAACUGAGAGGAUUUUGUAAUAAUAGCUUGUACAUGAUGCCCCUGGACAAUGUCACACAAGGACAGAGAGGAAGUGAAAGUUUGUGAAACAUUGAGUAAAACGUUUGUCCCACACAGAUCUUAAUAUGCAAGCAAAGCAAUUCAGUUUAAUUUAAAGUGAUAGUUCGCACAAAAAUAAAAACUGUCAUCAUUUACUCACCCUCUUGACAUUUCAAAUCUUCCUUCCACAGAACACAAAAGAAGAUAUUUUGAAAAAUGCUGUUAACUGAAUAUUCACUUACAUUGUUUUUGUGUACAUACAAUAGAAGUGAAUGGGGUCCAGUGCCAACUUACUUCAAAAUGUCUUCUUAUGUGUUCUGCGGAAGAAAGAAAGUUAUAGAGGUUUGAAAUGACAAGAGGGUGAGUAAAUGAUGACAGAAUAGUUGGUAAUGCAGUUUUUUGAUGCCUCUUGGCAAAAUUCGUAUUUACAAGUUUGCAAGUUUUUAAAAUCAGUAUUUAUGAUAUUAGCAUAUGCCGGACUUAUUGAAGCAUCGCAGCAUCAGGCCAAAACAUUCAGUGCUGCAUCCGUGUAUGUCGAAGUAAGAAUGACUUUGUGGUUGCAUUCAUGUGCACUCAGCCCAAAUUUAUAUUUUAUUUCAGACAUGAUCUGAAAACAUGAAUUUUGAUCUUUAUUUUCUAAUUUUUAAGAAUUUUAAAAAUGUGUUACAUUAUUCAGUACAAAUGUGGAAAAUAUGUAACGUUGUGGUCAAGCUAUUUUUCAUUUAUUGUUGGUAAAACUGGACAUUUUGAAUAAAAAAAUAUUUUAAUGACAAUCUCAAGGACAAAAAUCAAUUGUACUUUUGUAAAGCUGUAAAAUUCUUAUCUCAGGUUACCGAAUUUUCUUCAUCUCCAAACUAUAAUUUUGUUUGUGGGAAAUAAUAUCAGUAAAUGAAUGUCUAUUGCAGGGUUUUUCAAAUCUUACCCUGGAGGGCCGGUGCUUCCCGGAGUUUAGCUCCAACCCUGAUCGAACACACCUACCUGUGAUUUUCUAGCGAUCAUGAAGACCUUGAUGAGCUUGCUCAGAUGUGUUUGAUAAGGGUUGGAGGCUUGGAGCUAAACUCUGCAGAGCAUUGGCCUUCCAGGGUAAGAUUUGAGGAACCCUGGUCUAUUGCUUAAUUGUAUCUGAUUUGUUAUAUAUUUUUGUCUUUAUACAGAAUAAAGAAUAAUACUAAUUCUUAUGUAAUACAAGAUGUCAUGUAAUACAAUGUUCUUGAAUACAUUUACUGUUUGCAGAAUUACAGUAAAAGAUUUUAGA